AUGCAGGAUGGAGGUCUCGAAUGGAGCGGCCAGAAGUUUCGUCCUCCGCGCAACUGUGGCUUUGAAUGGUCCCAGCCGUCGUCGAACAAGUGCAAGUUCUGUGGGAGGAACUACAAUAUCUCGUGUGUCAUGGCUCUGCUACCCGAUCGAGAAAUCUGUGAGAAGCUGUGCGGGUUUUUCUUCUCGACCGUCUUUCCUCUGACGCCUAUUUUCCACAUGAAGAGUUUUGCAGAGGAUUUCAGAACGUUCUGGGAUGGCAUUCCCCCCGCGAAUGUGCACAACGCUGAGCCGAGCGUCUUUAUGCGCAAAAAGCCGGGAUUUCUAUCUCUCUUAUCUGCCAUUCUGUUUGCGGCAGUCUUCUCGGCCGCGCCAGCUCGUCUGGAGCGUAUCUUCGGGGAGCCCACCACUCUCAAUCCUGGAGAUAUGUACUUCAUUGCCAUGGCCUCGGCUAGCCUCACCGGCUUCCCUCGACGGCCGAGCAUCUACUCUCUGGCAGCUUACAUCAUUGCACAGAGCCAGUUCGUGAGGGAAGAGGAAUUCUCGGAUGCUCCCGACUUCAUUGCGACCUCGUUUCGUGUUGCGCUAGGCAUGGGCUUACACCGCCAGCUCCCAGAAUCAGGGCUACCUCCCUCCGAGUUGGAAACUAGACGGCGGCUUUGGUGGUACAUCCUUCACCUGGAUGUCAUGUCUUCAUCUUCAUCUGGACUCUCACCCCUCUUUAUCAACCAGAAAAUGGCCAACACGGAUUCCAUCUGUCAAUACGACGUUCAGAACGACGAUCCAAGUGCUAGACAAGAAAUCGACGUUCGCUAUUUGGUGGCGUCUCGCCGUUACGAAAUUACUAGGGAGAUUAGACGAGUCCUCGUGCUUCAUUUCGAAGACGCCUUUCAAUCGCUGGAAGUGGUUGCAGACUGCGCUGGCCGCCUUCGAACGAUAGCUGACCGCACCAGUGCUACAGUCGACACGUUGCUCAAGGCCAGAGGUGCUGCUGAGGGCAAAGCCGCGAGAUCUGCGACUCCUCGUCCUUUUGAUCAAGUGCCGCUUAUGCUUGACUUUGAUCGGGUGUGGACUCUUCGACCAGACCCGAGCGAUAAGGAGGUGGUUGACUUUACGGCCUGGUCUGCGCUCCUGUUGCACCUAAUGGUCCACAAGGCGUAUUGUGUCCUUUACCAUCCGCUGUUCAGGGAUCCUGCGAUGGUGGCCGACGAAAACAUUCGAACAAAUGCGGUCAAACAUGCACAAGCAUUUAUCCAGGUGUUUAUUCGUGUCUGCAACGAUCCCAUCUCUGAGCCCUUCCAUUGGAUGUACCCGGGCACCUACCAGCCUCUGCAGGCGGUUUCACUCCUUCUCGCCGACCUGCUACAGCACCCGUACAGCGACGACGCCGCUCUCUCACGAGGCUUGAUCGACGCCAUCUUCGAACUCUACCAGGUGGACGAGGGCAUCGUCAGCCAGAGUGACCCGCCUCGACGCCAGCUCUCGCCGUCCGGACGAGACGCGUGGACCAUGCUGGUAAGGACGCGGCGCAAGGCCCUGGAGCAGGUCGGCAUGGACUACCACGUACUGUUCCCGUCCAACGCGGUGCUGUCGAGCCGAUGCAUCUGCGGCGAAAGGAUCUCGGCGGUCGAGAGCCAGGCUGCGGCCCACCAGCAGGCGAUGCACCGGACCAGGCCUGGGGAGGGACGGCCGCCAGUUCCUCCCUUGUCACAGGACAUGCAGGGCGACAACCAGGGCGAUCAGGCUCCCGGCCAAAUGCUCUACGACCAAGUCGACUUUGACUGGCACGCUUGGGACACGGCACUGGGGCCGUCGAUUGGUCUGAUGCCGUGA